AUGGCUUUCAGCCCUUGGCAGAUCCUGUCCCCGGUUCAGUGGGCGAAAUGGACGUGGUCUGCGGUGCGCGGCGGGGGCGCUGGAGAGGAUGAGGCCGGAGGGCCGCAGCGAGACCCUGAGGAGGAGGACUCGCAAGCCGAGACCAAAUCCUUGAGUUUCAGCUCGGAUUCUGAAGGUAAUUUUGAGACCCCUGAAGCUGAAACUCCAAUCAGAUCACCUCUCAAGGGAGCCUGUGAUUCAUCACUAGGAUUGACAGGGUCUGGGACCAAAGCCCAAGAAUCCCAAGAAGAUGAUGAACAGCUGGUAGCAGAAGUGGUUGGAAAAUGUUUAUCUGAGACUUGUCCUCCUCCCUCAGAAAAUGAAGUACCACAGAAAGCCAGUGCUUCUUACUCCAUCAAGGAUUUCAGAGAAGAACCUGAGCAUGAUAGUAGCAAAGUUUCCAUAGUGAGGCCAUUUUCAAUAGAAGUCAAGAAUCCCACAGAUGCUCCAGCAGCUCUUGAAACAAAAACAUCUCACAGCUUUGUAAAUGAAGUCUCAGAGGAGGCUUUGCCCUCCAGUGCACCAGCAGCCAUCCAGGCCAAGGCAAUGACAGAAGGCAACAUGGGGGUUACACUUGAGGUUUCCACAGAAACUGAUCUAAAGACUGGAAACACCUGCUCAGAGCCGGUACCCAGCAGAAGCAAGCUAAGAAAGCCCAAGCCUGUCUCUCUGAGGAAGAAAGCAAUCAGCGGAGAUUUCUCAGAAACUGAAAUUUUGGGAGAGGGUACCCCGCUUCCCAAAGCAUCCUAUCAGGUCAAUCUUGAUGAAUUGAAUGAGAACACAAAUUCUUCUUUGACCGGAGGUGCCAGGAUCCAGAAAGCUCCCAGUAAAGCUAAAGAAACGUCAGGCACUACCAGCAAUGACACCAAUGAUUCAGGGGUUGAACUGCUGGAAGAGUCAAGGAGCUCACCUGUGAAACUGGAGUUUGAUUUCACAGAAGAUGUAGAAAAUGUAGAGACCAAGAAAGCCCUUCCAAGGAAAUUUGGCAGGAAACUGGGUAACAAAGUGACUCCCAAGACACAAAAAGAUGGCAUCAUUAAACCAGCCGGAGUCAAAGGUGUAGAUCAGCCUACAGACCCAAAAGCGGAAGAUACUUCUGCCCCCCAUGCAUCUUCCAAGCUGGAUCCUAGUCAGUGGGAUGACCCCAGCUUUAAUCCCUUUGGGGGCCGCUCUACUCUGCAGAACUCUCCACCCCUCUCCUCUCAGGGCUCCUAUCACUUUGACCCAGAUAACUUUGACGAAUCCAUGGAUCCCUUUAAACCAACUACAACUUUAACAAGCAGCGAUUUUUGUUCUACCACUGGUAAUCAUGUUAAUGAAAUCUUAGAAUCACCCAAGAAGGCAAAGUCGCGUUUAAUAACGAGUGGCUGUAAGGUGAAGAAAUAUGAAACUCAGUCCCUUGCUCUGGAUGCGUGUUCUCAGGAUGAAGGGGCAGUGAUCUCCCAGAUUUCCGACAUUUCAAAUAGGGAAGGGCAUGCUACGGAUGAAGAGAAACUGGCGUCCACUUCUGCUCAGAAGCCAGCCCGGCCCGAGGUGAAAGGUGAGCCAGAGGAAGACCUGGAGUACUUUGAAUGUUCCAAUGUUCCUGUGUCUACCAUAAAUCAUACGUUUUCAUCCUCAGAAGCAGGCAUAGAGAAAGAGUCGUGCCAGAAGAUGGAAAAAGAUGAAUCUGCUGUGCCUGAAUUGGUGGAGCCCUCUGCGGAGAAGGUGCCAGGGUCUGUGGCCUGUGGAGCGGAGAGCCCCCUGGAUGACAUACGCCUCAGUGAAUCAGAUAAGACAGCUGUCCUCACCUUGAUAAGAGAAGAGAUAAUCACUAAAGAGCUUGAAGCCAAUGAAUGGAAGAAAAAAUAUGAAGAAACGCGAGAAGAAGUCCUGGAGAUGAGGAAAAUUGUGGCUGAAUAUGAAAAGACCAUCGCCCAAAUGAUUGAAGAUGAACAAAGGACAAAUAUGACCUCUCAAAAGAGCUUCCAGCAACUGACCAUGGAGAAGGAACAGGCUCUGGCAGAUCUUAACUCCGUGGAAAGGUCCCUUUCUGAUCUCUUCAGGAGAUAUGAGAACCUGAAAGGCGUCCUGGAAGGGUUCAAGAAGAAUGAAGAAGCCUUGAAAAAAUGUGCUCAGGACUACCUAGCCAGAGUUAAACAAGAGGAACAGCGAUACCAGGCUCUGAAAAUCCAUGCAGAAGAGAAACUAGACAAAGCCAAUGAAGAGAUUGCUCAGGUUCGAACAAAAGCAAAGGCUGAGAGUGCGGCUCUCCAUGCUGGGCUCCGGAAAGAGCAGAUGAAGGUGGAGUCCUUGGAAAGGGCCCUUCAGCAGAAGAAUCAAGAAAUCGAAGAAUUGACAAAAAUCUGUGAUGAGCUGAUUGCAAAGCUGGGAAAGACCGACUGAGUUUUUACCGUUAGUCCAGCAGAUCUGCGUUCGGCUGCUUUCCCUCGUGACCACAAGUAUCUUGCCUUAUUCAGGAAUAAUUGCCCCUUUGCAGAGACAAAACUAAAAAACAAGCACAUGCCUCCUGCUGCCUGUCCCGCUUUGCUGCCAGUUCGACAUCCUGAAAGAGACCCUGGAGUCCUGCACAGUUGGGAAAGGAGGAAGAUCCAACAGCCUCACAGUUCUUGUUGGAAGGCUCAGUUCCACAUGCUGCUGAGUUAGGGAUUGUGGUUUCUUCGUCUAUUUGUCUGUUUUAUAGCCUUCUUUAAUUUUCCAAGUGUGUCAAAUUU